CUUUGAGGAGCGAGCCGGGGAAGGGCGACGAUUGCCUGAGCUGGAGCGUUCCAUGGCUGAGAGUAGCCUCCGGGCUCCGGACUUAGGGGCUAAACGAGGAGUUUCCAGUUGUCUAGAAAAAUGCCAGAAGAGCUCACCAGGUACUGGGAGGCAGCCCUUUUCUGAAUCCUUUUACUUGGAACUGCCUGCUAGCAUGAAUCUCCAGUUUUUGACAGGGGCCAUUCAGCAGCUGGGUGGGGUAAUUGAGGGUUUCCUGAGCAAAGAAGUAAGUUACAUCGUGUCCAGCCGCAGAGAAGCAAAGGCAGAGAGUGGUGGGAUGGGCCACAGCGGCUGCCCCCCCAGUGAGGUUAGAGUGGAAACAUCGUCCAUGGCCAAUCCAAAAGUCAGCCACGCCAGGCCUUAACAGAAACCCGUAGACUCGGUGCCUGCGAGCAGAGGGAAGGAACUGCUGCAGAAGGCCGUCAGAAACCAGGGCAGCAGCAGUAGAGGAGGCAGUGGGAGCAGCAGCAGCCUCCUGGCCAAUGCCCGCUCCUGGGGAGUGAGGAUUCUGCAUGUGGACGAAAUGAUGAUGCAUGUGCAGCAGCUGUCUCUUGGUUCUUUAUGUGUGAAGAAACAAGAGCCAAAGAAGCCAGAGGGAACAUGUCCAGCCGUGGAGUCAAGAACAUGGAAAGUGGCCAGGCUGAAGGUCCCAUUCCUCAAAGUUGAAGAUGAGAGCAGGAAGUUUCGUCCUUUCCACUAUCAGUUUAAAUCUUUUCCCAAAAUUUCUUUUCUGAGAUCCAAAAAUGCAAGUCCCUUUGAGGCCCAGAUGACUCCAGGCAGCUCACACCAUACCAGAGAGCCCAAGGAUCAAGUGCCAAGCCUGCAAUCAGCCACCUGCACCGUGCCCAGGAGGAAGAAAGGGUACUGUGAGUGCUGCCAAGAGGCCUUUGAGGAGCUCCAUGUGCAUCUUCAGAGUGCCCAGCACUGGAGCUUUGCCCUAAAAGCCCAUCCAUAUGCAGAAGUAGAUCGGAUCAUCGCCCAGCUCAGCCACAGCUUUACAGAUAUCGCCUUCCAGGCCAGCCUCCCCAGGCAGUCAGGUUCCCCAGCUUCUGAAUGUGACCCUCCGUGUGCUGAAACUCUGUCCCCCAGCCUGCCCUCCCAGUCCAGGGCAGCAUCUUCCAGGAUGAAAAAAGAAGACAACUGCCAGGCUGCAGGCACCCCAGAGCAGGCUGCGACAGUGGACAGCAUGAAGGCACCAGCUGAACCUGUGGGAGCUGGCAAGGUACCUGCACCAGGAGCAAGCUGCCAGGAGCUGGGGGAGUCAGUUGACAUGUUUGUGGACCUCCCAGGGACACCUCUGUCCAGGAGCCCUGCUCGCCAGUGCCUUCUGACCAGCUCUGGUUGUAUGGACUUCUCCUCUGGCCCAGACCUGGCACUUGUUGGCCACAAGCGGAAGGUUCAGUUUCCCAGUGACAAUGCUGAAAAGAGGCCAGGGGGCCACAGGCCUCAUUUUUUGUACCAAGAGUCCCCAUCCCCUGCAGCAUCAGGACAACCAAUGGCAGGCAUCUUCUCUCCCUUCCUCUUCCAGGCCGUAAGUCCAGGCCCCCAGCCUCCCUCCUGCCCUUGUACCACCCACAGAGCUGCCUCUCUCUCCCAGAUCCCUUGA